AUGAAGCGUGGCCGCCAACGCAUUCGAAUCACGGGACCUCCUCAAAAUGAAACUCAAACAGCUGCCGAGUCAUCUGCGGAUGAUAGUCCAAGUCUAAGCCCUACCGGGUUAGACGUGAGAUUCACCUUAGACCAUCAACCUAGAGGGCGCUCUACUUCGCCUGCUCCAGCAUAUCUCGCGAGGCCAAGCGUGGACUCCAGAAGGAGCUCAUCGGUCAUGAGCAUAAUGCAGAUUGAUCAGAUUAUCUCCGAUGACCGCAUGAACAUGGAAACGUAUGGGGUCUCUGAGAUACGUGAUGGCUUCUUCGACGCUCUCUUCUUAAAGCCGGACCCAGUAGAUCCAGAUGCGGUUGCUGAGCGGUCCAAAGCUGCUCUGCCCAAGGAAUUCGAAAAGAGUCAUCCGUUAUCAGCAAAACACUUUCUUCCAAGGCAACUCCAUGAGCUCAAAUCAGUGACGCACAAAGUUGCUACCACUAGAGCUGGCAUCAAGCUUCUCAAGUCGUUUCUUGCCUUUUUUAUCGCUUACAUCUUAUGUCUGAUACCACGGGUCCACGACUGGCUAGGUUACUAUGACUACAUCAUGGUGGUGUCUACCAUAAUAAAUCAUCCAGGUCGCAAUUUUGGUUCUCAAGUUGAUGGUACAGUAGGUACUAUCAUUGGUACUGCUGCCGGCCUGGCCUGGGGUAUGGUUGGCCUUUUGCUUUCAACAUCGACGAUUGACGCUAGAAAAGCGUCUGGUUGGAUCUUUGUUCUCUUUUCCGCUCUGUUCUUUGCGAGCAUUGCAUUCAUACGUUCAUUCUUUAUCCGCCUAUACCAGACUGUUCUAUGUGCAGGCAUAGCCCUCGCCUUCGCAACACUGGCGCAGACUAAUGGUAAUGCUUUCACCUGGCACAAGUCACUGCAAUACGCGAUUCCUUGGCUACUAGGUCAAGCAAUUGCACUGGUGGUAAACUGUCUCGUCUUCCCUGAUGCCGGCAACCGCCUGCUGGCAGUCGCCUUUCAUAAAUCAUUCAAUACUAUGCAGGAAUCUCUUGUUAUCCCUCGACCUAGAGAUACGGGACUCAGGAGGCGUCUUGCCAAAACAUUCAUGGACAUGUCACUUGCCUAUCGAGAUAUGAGAAUCGAUAUUACUAUCACUCGCUUCCGUCCAAAUGACGUGCGAGAGCUUCGUAAUUCAGUACAAGGUGUGGUUAGAGCCCUUCUCUCCAUGAACACGGACACAGAACUUUUUGAGGACUGGUCCAACACUCUUGAGAUUACUGUUGCAGACGACGCGGGGAGUGAAUCCGAGGUCGAAGAUUCUGGCCGUAAGGUGGCUCGGUCUCUGUCGGGUCCUACUAGGGAAGUCAUCGAUUGCUGGCGAAAGCACUUUGGCCCCUCAGCUGAUGUUUCGUCUGACAUCGUUCCUGUUCAAUUGCGCAUGCGAAACAGCCUUGAAGUCUUCGAUACUGCAGAAGAUCAUCUCCUGAGAUCGAACGACAGGCCCGAGACGUACGCCGAUCAUGGACAGGCUGUUGAAUUCCUCGUAUUCGCCAGACAUGUCCGCGAAACAGCCGGGACUAUUGUCAACCUCAUGACCAUAGUUCAGGAUAUGCAUACCAACUCUAACAGGAUACGCGUCAACCUUCCAGUAUACCCUUUUGGUAAAGCCCUAUACAGAACGAACGCACAGGUUAGACACGAUCGUGGGGGCGUCACGGCUGGCAUGUAUCGAGCGACAUUUGCGGAGAUCGCAAAACUCAUAGAAAUGACGAGAUCAACUGAGAAGCAUCACCCUCGUGAGAACUACGAGGCGGUCACUGAACCAGAAGACUGUACGGUGGUCGAGUCGAUUAUUCAUGGCGGACCUGCGUCGCAUAAAGAUAGGCUGGGUUAUAGGGUGUGGAAACUCAUGCGCCGUUGCCAGGGGUUUGAAACCAAGUAUGCACUGAAAGUUGUCAUUCUCCUUUCUGCUCUAGCUCUUCCUUGUUGUUUCGAAAGCACGUACAACUGGUGGAUGGUUUACGAUGCAUGGUGGGCUGUCUGUAUGGGAUGGAUCAUGAUCCAUCCUCGAAUAGGGGGCAACAUUCAGGACUUUUUCACUCGUGCCUCUGCGGCCAUUCUUGGUGCUGCGUGGGGUGGUGCAGCACAUGCAACGGGUGGUGGGAAUCCAUAUGUCCUGGCAGUCUUUGCUGCUAUAUACAUGAUUCCCAUGAUAUACCGCUUUACUCAGAGCACUCAUCCGCGAUCUGGUCUUGUUGGCUGUCUGUCUUUCGCCGUCAUAUCUCUCACAUUGCGCGACCACGGUUCUGGAACUUCCGUUGCAUUACUGGGAGUUUACAAGGGCUUGGUGUUUCUUAUCGGUACUAUAGCACCCAUCAUUGUGAAUUGGAUACUUUGGCCCUUCAUCGCUCGACACGAACUACGGAUCGCGCUAUCCUCAAUGAUUUUAUACAUGAGUAUAAUGUACAGAAAUGUUGUUGCAAACUAUGUUUACUUCGACGAGGGUAAAAAUCCGACCCCCGAGACUAUCAGACGUUCUGAGAUGCUCGAAAGUCGGAUGCGUGAAGGUUUUGUCAGAAUCCGACAACUCCUUGUCAUGUCACGUCACGAACUUCGCCUUCGAGGCCCUUUUGAUCCAAUCCCCUACUCGUGUCUUGCUGCCUCAUGUGAGCGAUUCUUCGAGUAUCUCAUUGCUGUUCGACAGUCCGCUCUCUUUUACAACCCAAAUUACAUCCGCGACAAUCCCGUUGCUGCUGAGAAGCUGCACAGCUACCGGCGUGAUGCAGUGGCCGCUAUCCUCGGGAACUUGUACAUCCUCGCCGUAGCAUUGCGAUCUGAGCGCAAACGUUAUCUACCGAGUGCUGCUGCAGCACGAAAGAAGCUCCUUCAUAGAACCGCCGAAGUGGCCAGAGAAAUGGAAGAAGACACUGAGGGCUAUGAGCUUGAGCGACAGAAGACAUGGAGUGAUAUAUAUAGCUACUCAUACAAUACAAGUCUUACUGGCUGUGUGGCCCAGUUGGAAGAGUUGGAGCAGUUCACGAAGCUCAUAGUAGGAGAGAAGAAGUUCGAACGCCCCUCAAAGCACAUGGAAGACGAUGAUGAAGAUACCGAUGUAUCGCCUGAGCGGCUUUGA